AUGAGACAAUGGAAUGAAGCCAAUGUGUAUUACAUUUGUAUGGAGUUGUGUUCCCAUAGUCUGCAGAAUAUUCUUCAACACAAACCACAAGUAUUUGAUCGACAACCGGAAGAUCCCAUGAAUUCAAUCGAGUUUUACAUUUCGUGUCAUAUAUUCAAAGAGAUCUUAGAAUGCGUUCAAUAUUUACACGAAUUGAAUCCUCCGAUCUUAGAAUGCGUUCAAUAUUUACACGAAUUGAAUCCUCCGGUCAUUCAUAGAGACCUCAAACCUGACAAUAUAUUACUGGCGAAGACUGUAAGGAACGGCAGGUUUUUCAAAGUAUGUGACUUUGGUGUGGCUACUGUUCACCCGCACUCGUCAGAUAAGGGAGACCUCACAUAUCAGGCGCCAGAAGUGGGUCGAGGAGUGGUCUAUAACCAUAAGAUAGAUAUCUAUAGUUUGGCUAAAAUUGCAGAAAAAAUUUUUGGGGUUCAUUUGGAGGACAAACCGUAA